AUGGGGAUUUUUACGAUUCCAGAGUUGAACACUCGUCUGGGCACCUUCCGUGCCUAUCAUCUGGCAGCCAUUGUCUUUAUCUCCUCUUUCCUAUCUGCUUACGACUCAGGCGUUGCAGGCGGCAUCUUGACUUACAAAUCCUUUCAAACAGACCUGGGUUACAAGACUGCAUCCCAGUCCAAGGUGUCUUCGCUCACCGUUGGUCUCGAGCAACUCGGAUCAUUCAUCGGCGCUGCAGUCGUCUACCCUCUGACCAACAAAUAUGGACGCAAGAUCACUAUACUUGGCUCAACAGCCCUCUUCAUUAUAGGAGUCAUCAUCCAAGUCAUCAAAACACACUCCCUGGCGGCAUGGUAUAUUGGCCGCAUCAUCGCCGGUUUGGGCAUGGGGGGCCAGAGUGUUGUGAUCCCCAUGUACUCAGCAGAGAUGACACCAAAGGAAAUUCGUGGUCGAUGUGGUUCGUUUUACCAAUGGCUCUAUGCAUGGGGUGUGUUCACAGCAUACUGGAUUGACUAUGGUGUAGCCAAGAGCGACUCCAUUGCGGGCACUUCACGCGAGUGGCAGAUCCCUGUGGGAUUGCAAUUGAUCUCCGGAGGAAUUCUCUUCAUCGGCUGCUUGACCUUGCCGGAAUCGAUCCGUUGGCUGCUGACACAAAACCGCACCGACGAGGCCUGGAAGUCCAUUACAUGGAUCCGCGGCGGAGAGGAUAUCAAGACCCGUGAAGAGUUUACAGAGACCCAAUUAGGACUUCAAGCUGAGCGUGCUGAGCGCGAGGGCUUCUCAUACCGCGAGCUUCUUGAGCCAGCCAACCGCCUCCGAUUCAUCGUUGGGCCUCUGCUGUUCAUUUUCCAAAAUGCCACGGGCAGUAGUGCACUGGCUGUCUUUGCACCGCAGUAUUUCAAGCUGAUUGCGGGCAGUGGGACAAACCGCAACAUGCUGUUGACUGGUUUGUUUGGUGCCGUCAAGGUCAUUGCUAGUACCUUUUUCAUUUGGGUAUUGGCUGAGAGACUGAGUCGGCGUAUGACGCUUGCUGGUGGUGCUGUACUUAUGGCUAUCUGCAUGCUUAUCACUGCGCUUAUUGUCGAUUAUGUUCCGACUCAAUCUGCGACCAAUGUCACUUCUGCGGGAAGGGCGACGGUUGCUAUGAUUUAUCUCGACAUUAUGAUCUACAACUGCUCUUGGGGUCCACUGCCAUGGGCAUAUGUGCCAGAGAUCUUUCCGACACGGAUUCGAGCUCUGGGAUUGGCAGUCAGUAUGCUUGCUCACUGGGCAUCGUCUUUCUGCUUCUCCUUUGCGAGUCCCUACAUGAUCAAAAAUGUUGGUGCCAACACUUUCCUCAUUUUCAUGGGAUUCGACAUUGUAGCUGCUGGCUUCUGCUGGAUUUUCGUCAAAGAAACCCGCGGCAAGAAUCUCGAAAUUGCUGCUGGCACAGAGUGGGAAACUGCUGAGCGCAGCUCCACCGAUGAUAAUGAAAAAGGAGGUGUGCUUAAUGCAGAUGGUAGGAAACUUCAAAUUAUCAGCGUACAUGAGAACUUCCAUGCCAACCUCAAGCACCGGUCUGUGGAACAUUGA